UAUACAUCUUUACUAGAGCAGUUUUGAAGCUGGAGUUAUAAUGACUGAUUCACACUACAUUCUGUCUCUCAGAUUAUGGAUCCAUGUUGGAGCGAUCAUCAUGGCACCUGAAUUACUGAUUCUUUUGGGGGUGGCAGUAAUACUGCAAGCAAAUUUACUUCCUGAUAAAAAAUUUUUACUUCUACCACCAGUCAAUUUCACCAUUAAAGCUGUCAAUUUAGCUCAAGUUGUUUUACGUUGGGAACCAAAUCCUGAUCAAGAACAAAGCAAUGUCCAGCUAGGAUAUCAUGUGAAAAUAAAUGCUCCACAAGAAGAUGAUUACGAAACCAGGAACACUGAGAGCAGCCUCGUAACCAUCCUUCACAAAGGCUUUUCAGCAAGUGUGCAGACAGUGCCGUGGAACGACCGCUCCCUACAAGCCAGCAACUGGGUUUCUGCGGAACUUAAAGCCCCACCAGGGUCUCCUGGAACUGAGAUUGUGAAUUUAACUUGCACCACAAACACAAAGGCAGAUAAUUACACACACACAGGACCAUACCAAGUUUCUCUUCACUGCACCUGGCUUGUUGGCAAGGACGCCCCUGACGAUACACAGUAUUUCCUCUACUAUAGGUAUCGCUCUCGGACUGAAGAAUGCCAGGAAUACAGCAAAGACACCCUGCGGAGAAAUGUUGCCUGCUGGUUCCCCAGGACUUUCAUCAACAGCAAAGGGCGAGACUCCCUUGCAGUGUAUGUUAACGGCUCCAGCAAGGAAGCUGCGAUCAAGCCUUUUGAUCAGCUCUUUGCCCUUCAUGCCAUUGAUCGAGUAAAUCCUCCAGCGAACGUCACAGCAGAGAUCAAAGGAACCUGUCUCUCUAUCCACUGGGAAAAACCAGUGUCUGCUUUUCCAAGCCACUGCUUUGAUUAUGAGGUGAAAAUUUACAAUGCAAAGAAAGGAUAUUUUCAGACAGAAAAAAUGACAACCAAUACACUCAUCACCAUAAUUGAUGAUGUUUCUAAGUAUUACAUUCAAGUGAAAGCAGCAGUGAGUCCUGUGUGCAGAACAACAGGGCUCUGGAGUGAGUGGAGUCAACCUAUUUACGUGGGGAAGGAUGAUCAGAAGCCUUGGAGAGAGUGGUUCCUUAUUGCAGUUAUGAUGACCAUCUGCUUCAUCUUGUUAAUUUUUUCACUCAUUUGCAGAAUAUGCCACUUAUGGACCAAGUUGUUUCCACCUGUUCCAGUGCCAAAAAGUAAUACUAACGAUUUCUUAGUAACCAUCAACAAUGAGAAAACUGGUUCCAGUGAAACAGAAAUUGAAGUCAUAAGUUAUGUGGAGCAGGCUGGAUUUGAGACCCUGGAAGACUCCGUGUUUUGACUGUCCCUGGAACAUUCUCAAAAUCGGCUCAUGCUCAUGAGCCUCAGUGAUGACAAUGGGAAAGGCUGUUUCCUAGCUAAGAGCAGUUUGGACUUCAUAGGACACUCAAUUUAGCUGUAAGAUGAUGCAACCAGACAAAUCCCUGACAAGUGUGGAUGCCUCCUCACAAUCUCCUAACACACACCGUACCAGGUGACUGAUUCGUCCAUCCUGCCGAGUCUGAUCUCUGCAUGGACAGCACCUCCUCACCCUUCAGUCGCCUGAUCUGCAUUACUCACCGCACACGUUUUUGUGUGAGAGAGACCGUUAUUAAAGCUAACGUCAGUUGUGUUUACUCUGGCAGUCAGCCACCAAUAGUAACAACCAACUAAAAUAUCAGGAAGAAAGCAUUUUGUACCAUUCUGGAAUGAAGAGUGAACUUGCAUUCAAGACUGUCUUUCCUACAGCAAGUGGGAGCCAUGGUGCUUUUAUUCUGAGUUCAGGAAUACUUUUUUCAAGUAAUGUGUGGGUGUGGGGAUAUGGGUGUGGGUGUGUGUGGUAGAGGGGGACAGAGAGGGGAGAGAGGAAGGAGGGAAAGAGGUACAAUCAAGUUAGUAUCACUGCAGACAAACUAAUUUCAAACCAUAAGGAGCUAACGAGUCAAUCUAUACCCAAUGAAGGGACAGGAUUUUGUUUGAAGACUAUAUUCUCGAAGGCAGCCUUGAUGUUUCAGGAAUACACUGAGAAAGGCACUGGGUGGAAUUGUGUUGGAAGAGGAUCACUCUAUUAAGAAUGACUUUUCUGAAGAAAUGUCUGUUCACAAAGACUUCAGAGCAACUUUCUGGGCAUCUGGUCAGGAAGGGCUGGAUCAACUCCAGCGUCAGAGCUUUGGGAUGGGUCCUACACAGUGCUCACCAAACAUCCCAAUCUAGACAGGAAUCCCGCCUCUGACACCCUCAUGUGCUGCUGGUGGCUUAGUCACUCGGUUGUGUCGGA